GCAAUUGAUGUGUUUCGCUCAGUGUUUUUGUUAGCUAGCUUGCUGGUGGUGAGUUAAGUCAACACAAAAUGGAAAUUACAGGACCAGCGGUUUGUUUUACAUUUCUUCUUUUUGCCUCAGUAACAUCUACAGAGUCAGUGCCUAGGCAGGUGAAUACGGAAAACAUCCUGAUUAACGUGACAGCUGGGACCCUGGCGGAUGCACAGUUGCAGGAUUCCAACAAUUUGCAGAUAAAUUUAAACAUAUCGGUGGGUGAAGAGCAGGUGUUGGUCAAUGACAUCCCCGUAGAACUGUCAGGGGUCACCAGGUUCAGCUGCCAAGCACUUCUCUUGGACAGCACAAAUGGAAGCAGCGAGUUUGAAUCUGGGGACAUGGUGUCUACCAUCACGCGAGUGAUGGUGAGCCAGAACCGGCUAUACAGUGACUCAGAGGAGGUGGUGGCUCUGCAGGUGUUCAGUGAAGUAAUAGAGAUGGAGGGCAAAGAGGUCCAGCAACCUGACAUGUGUGAGGUGAAGAUACUGAUGAGCCCAGAUUUCCAGAAGCUGGCUCAGUUUACCAACAUCUACCCCAUCGGACACAGUGAAAUCUUCAGGGUUCCCAGGGAGAAUGAUGUGGUCGUCACAGAUCCACCAAGUCCAAGAAGAAAUGAAGAUCAGCUGAUCUCUCAGACCACUAGCCAGUACCCCCUAAAGCACACAGAGACCACCCAGGAAGAGACUGCUGCUCCUGGAAAGCUCCCGGAGACUCCUCUGCGUAUGGACCCCGAUCUGAUGUAUGAUGUCAGAUAUGACGAUGACUUCGAUGACCGAGAUGCCAGUCAGACAGAUCAGAUCCAGAUGGAAACUCCACCCAAGGAACUAAUGUCAUCUUACUCUGCCAUGUGUCAGUGGGUGGAGCAAGUGAGGGAGCGUCUGAAGCGCUUUUGCUCCGAAUCCCUGCCACUAUUCUUCCUGGUGAUGUGGGUGGUGGUGAUCGGCGUCGUGGGAUCAGCGGUCAUAGUCAAGAUCCUGGAUUUGUUCUUCCCAACUUGUGAACACAAGCACAUUUUUCACCUAAACCCCGUCACCCUAAUGCCCGAGGAUGAGAAGCACACUCUGUUGGAGAACAUUGAAGUAGAAGCAGAGGAAGAAGAAGAAGAGAAGAAGCCUUGAAUGAGCACAGACUCGGCCAGUUCCUUUUAUUUUCAGUUUGUACUCCUAUAUUCUUUAACGUUGGCUACUAUAUUACAUUUUCGGCAUGGCCUGGUUUUGUUCCUAGCUUACAUUCGGACUUAUGAACCACUAGCUUUUCACUGCAGUUUACCCACUAAGCACAUCAGUCAGUGAACAGAGAGUGGUUUAAAGCCAUCAGGUUGAUGCUUGUUCUCUGGAGUCCCUCAGAUUUAGUCACAUGGUCAAAAGUGGGAAAGAAAAUGAGUGGUUUAUAGAGCUGAAUCUCAAGUUUAUUAGCAUCUGUGCGUUCAGCUCAUCCUUUGCACAGAAAACCAAACUCUUCGCUCCUCUGAUUGGUCGGACAGAGUUUGUGAAAAGCCACUUUUAUUAAGUCAUAAAUGACUGCACUUUACUCGCCUUUAAAAGUAGUUAGCCAGUAAAAAGUUACUUUUUACUAGCAAUGACCUAAAAUACUACGUUUUUUCGACUUCCAAAACAUGCCACAACAGCUUUUUUUUUUUUCGAGCGUUGAGCUUUGAGACUCAGCUUUUAAAGGAAUAGUUAGACAUUUUGAGUCUGUACAAAAAUGGAACUUUUAUGAGUCUUUAUGCGACCAGAUCUCUUCGCCAGGCACAAUGACUUCCUGGAGGAUCAUCUUACCAUGAGGCUGCCAAGCCAGGCUGUCACUUUUACCAAAAGUUUUUUUUACCAAAAAAAGUUUGAAUUAAUGUUCAGAUUCAUUUGUUUGAAUUACUGUGGGCGCAACUCCUCUAGCAAAUGCUUGAGUCUGUGAUACAGUCAUGCUGACAUGGCUGUAAAGCUGGAAAACACACUUUGUCUUUGUUGGUAGUCUGUAGUGCAGAACCCAAAAUGAUUCCACGCAAUCCUUCACACAAACACUUCUGUGUUGUGAUUAUCCAGCACGACUUUUCUCUCUAGUGUCCUUUUCCAUUUUUAUUUAUUAGCAUAGUUUACUGAUAGGUCAGUGGAACAUACAUUAAGACUUAAUGAUUAAGUCAAGCUAGUAGUGAAUUUUAAGAGCGCCCUCUGCUGGACCACAGGGCAAACUAUUUCAGUUUUUCUGUUGUGUUUGUAAUACUGUAAAUUUUGAAUUCAAAACGUUCAGUACAGUUUUUUUUUUUUGUUUUUUUUUGCAUUUCGGAUUAAAAGUGACAGCCUUAACCCACAGGAGGCCUCCAGGAAGUCAGUGCUUUCAUCCAGUGCGUAGCAAAAAAGGAAAUAGGUGCAUUACCUAAAAUGUGGAACUGUUCCUUUAAGUCAGGAUGGACACGACAAUCUCUAAAUGCUCCGAAAGAAAUGGACGUUUGACCAUCUGCAGUUCAGAAGUGUUGAUUUACUGAUGAAAAUCAAAAAGCCUUCACAGUGGCACAGUUUCGUCAAGGUUUUCCCUUGUUCUUAAUUCUUUUUUGGCCGUAUCUUGUAACCAAAACUUAGCAACACAAGUCACAACUGACACUGGCUUAGGAAAGCAGAUAUAAGUUUAACAAAUGAAUAUUAACAAACAGAACAUUUUUUAGGGGCUGCACCCAGUGAUCUGACCGGGUUUUCUGAAAAGACUUUCUACAUGUAGCAGUUGUGUUUAGGUCACGUUUUUUUUUCCCCCCCACAUUAUAUUAAUUUCUCCAAAACUGUACGCCACUGCUAAAAAAAAAAAAAAAAAAAGAAAAAAUAGUGAAGAAACCCCAAAAGCAGCAAACACACUUUCUUCCAAAUAUAUUUAAUACGGGGCAGGUGGUGUCUGCUUAUCUGUCAGUCAUAUUUGAAACUGUAGACACAUGAGAUAAUAUUCCAUCUCAAAAAAAAAAAGGAUGUGGAUCAUUUUGUCUGUAAAACAUCAUUAUAAAUCUCAUGUCUGCACAUUCAGUGGUCGUGUCCCACGCCACUUUAAACUUUUAACUGAGGAUCUCAAUGUCACUGUUGAAAAGAACAUUGCUCACUACAGAGGUUCAUAUGUUGAUUGUCAUUCUUCACAGUGCCUCAAGUGACUGUUUUUUGGGGAAGUGAGGGAUUUUUAGGUUCUUUUCCUUCCUUUGUGUGUGGCUUCCUUUUACUCAUGAUGGAGGAUGUAAAUGAGGCUGUUCAGAUUGUCUAUGCACUCUAAACAUAUGACUGAACCAAUGUAACAUGCAGUGUCUGCACAAGACACGGCCGCAAAUUCAAAGUGUAAAGUAUUGUAAGGAAGGAACCUGGACUUUGUUUUGGAUUUGGGGGGUGGAAAUGCAUGGAGAUUCCUUUUUUCUGUUUCUUUUUGUGUGUGUGUGUAUGUGUGAAAAGUCUCAUCAUGAUUCAUAGACCAGAACGACUGAGGAUGAUAAACCUCCUGAGCAUCAUUCCCCAGUGAGGCUGUGUGUGAGGGCAGCCUCACUGGGGAAUGAUGCAGGUAUAUUGUGGGUUGUAUUCAUCCAUAACUCAGCAAGUGUCUACGUGUUAUUUCAGAACUCACUUGUCUCGCUUUAACCCCCCCCCCCCUCCCCCACAGGGUUCUGUCAAGCUGCAGGAUGCAUGAUGUGCUGCGUUAGCAAAAGGUGCAUGUGUAGUCUAGUACCUAGUGAAUGCAGUUUGCUGUUCUAUCAGCAGGUUAUACAUGAAAUCUAGGAAACUGCAUGAUGACUCAAAGACACCUCAGCCUGUUUUACAUGUACGCCUCAAGCUCCAAACUGAUACACACUCAAUACAACAAAGUCCUGUAGAUGACACUAAAUUAGCCUGUAAGGUGAACAUAUGUGCCAGGCAUGAAUUCUGAUGUGUUGCUGAAGAAUAAAACAAAUAUGUUUGAAUUUGA